GAUACAACUGGUCCAACUGGUCCUUUGGGAAUUCAGUGACCUCAAAUGGAAAAUCACUGCCCCUGCAGCCGUGACCCUCCAGUGACCCUCCAGCUCCGUUUGACACCCUUGGGCACACAGAUAAGCCGGUGGCGGUGCUAUGACGGCUGUGGGAGGGCAGGUGACCGGAGAAGGGCACUGGUAGCAGUUAAAAGCAGAAAGGAACACCUGGAGAGACGAGUGAGUGCCCACAGGAUUCUGCCGCCCCGAGUAGACCUGCUUGCCCUGAGGACAAGAGGAUGCUCGGCGUGGCUUUCAGCAUCGGGGUCCUGCUGGCCCUGGCAAGCGGGACGGCCACCCACAGCUGCGUCGCCCCACACCAUCUGGUCUCCAAGAUGCUGCGACACCUGGAAGACUCCGUCAAUGUGGACGAGCCACCAAACCCCAGUGUCCUGCUGGCCAUGAACCUGGCCAGGGCCACCGGCACCAGCACCCACAAGGAGCUGCUCCAGGAGAUAGAGAAGGAGGCUGUGAAAAGAGCCCAGAAAGACAUGCCCUCAGGCGAGGUGGCUCUGUACGUGCUCGCCCUCCUCUCCUCCUGCCAGAACCCCCGGCACGUCCAGGCGCUGGGGCAGAGCGUCGACCUCCUCCGCGUCCUGCAGCAGAAAAUGGAUGAGGAGAUGGCCAGCCUGGAGGCGGAGGGCAUCCCGAAGACCACCCUGUACAGCGUGAGCCUGGACACCCUGGCCCUGUGCCUGGCAAGAGCGGGUGGCUACCAAGGGGCAUCUGUGGUCCUGGCCAAGCGGGUGCUGAACCCUGACAUCCACCUCUCUGUGGACACCCGUGCCGUGGCGGCGCUGGCAAUGGCAUGUGCGUACGGCCACACCGACCUCCACGACGUGCGGGAUCUGCUCCGGGAGGCACUGUCGGUGGUGACCAACGGCUUCCUGGACGAGCAGGAGAAGGGGCAUGGCGUGAUCGGGAACAUUUACAGCACGGGGCUGGCCCUGCAGGCGCUGGAAGCCACGGGCGAGUUUUACGCCCCACGGGAGUGGGAUUGCGCCCAGGCUUUCUCCAUGGUGUACAGCCACGACUACCAGCAGCCCAUGGCUAUCGCCCAGGUCCUGCCCGCCCUCGUGGGCAGAUCCUACCUGGAAGCAGCUAGCCUGAACUGCGCCGGCAGAGACGCACCCACCAUCGAGGUGCACUACUCCAUCAUCAACAAGCUGCAAGGAAAGCACUUCAGCUACAGCACCUCGGUGCAGGUCCCGAGCGGCUCCACGCUGCUCAGGGUGCUGCAGGCAGCGGCGGCGGAGGAACCCGACAUCUUUAAGUUCCAGACGGAGCAGACAUCUUGGGGUCCCAUGGUGGUCUCCAUCCACGGGCUGGCAGCCAACGUGAAGGACAGGACAUACUGGCAGUUCCUCAGCAGCGGGGACGCCCUCCAGGAAGGGGUCGGUUCCUACAAGCCGCACGACGGGGAGCACAUCCAGGCUGUCUUCAGCACCUACUGACGCCAACGGGGGAUGCUUGGGGGGCAAUAAAGAGCCAUGGGGACAAGGCCUUGGGGAGAGGGUUGUGAUACCUGUGAACUAAAAUGAUCAGAAAAUAGAUAUUUGUGGAGUAGAAUUAUUAAGGUCGAUUUGAGCUGUUUUAACCAGUUAACUGGCGUGCUGCAGAUGGGACCAAACCCAUAUACAUAAAGGAAUAGAGUAACUGUAGGAUAAGGAACUCGUAAAUCAUCUUGCUCGAGACGGUUCAGCCUCAUAGCAGCAGCUGCAAAGAAACAUAAAGAUAAGGAAGCUGCAAAUUAGCAAAAAAACCCCACACCAGGCCAGCCUGGAAGGACAAGAUCUACGUGAGCAGAGGGUUGAGUUGGUGCAGAAAUAAGGGUCAACUGGUGGACACAGUGAAGAAGACUAUGAGCCUUCAUCUAAAGAACCCCUAAAGACUCCAACAGGCAUGCUCAAGAGAUACUAACAUAUGCUAAUGAGUUCCCAGAAAAGUUAUUAAUAUGAUAAAAAUAUGAUAAAAAUCCAAUUAAUAUGUAUGAUUAACGUAGUAUAAAUGCUUGUUGAUUUUGUUUUCAGACACACACAUGAGGAGAGCUCUCCUCCUGUGUGUCCAGCGCUGUAAUAAAGAAUUCCUGCUUUCUAAAACUCCA